UCAGGCUUAUCAAAGUUUUGGCUUUGUUGCAAGAGCAGGUCAAGAUUUAACUUUUCUUCAGUGAGCAAGUGUGCAGAUUGUCAAAUAUGUCAGUUCAUCAAAUAAGAAAACAUGCAGUUCUACCACCUAUCAUUUGUAGAAGUGACAAGGAAUUUUUGGAAAGUAUGCAAAGAUACAUAAUUACAGAAACUGAAAGACUGGGCUGUAAUGAGGAAGGACCUGCUGAUGAAUAUUACAUCAUAUACCGAAAUGUUUUUGAUAAGGUAAUAGAGCAUGUUACUGCAUACAAAUCCGUUCUUACUUCAAUCAAAAAAGAAUAUGAUGCCUUUAUUGAGACAAUAAAGAAAGGCCGAAGAACUGCAUUUUGUCUUCAUGGAAAACUUAAAGGUUUGGCAGCAGAGCCUACAGCUUUGGUAUAUCACAGGAAAAGAACAAUGCAACUUGAAGCAAAAAUGAGGAUUAUUGAAAAUAAUUCCUCGAAGAUUCAAUCUCAAAUAGAUCAAAUCAAGCAGUCUAGGGCAGAGUAUGACACGAAGGAAGUAAAAUAUUGUACUUUCUCCAAAGAUCCUUCAAAACCUAUUCCAGGCAUGACUCUCCAAGAAUCCAUGAAUCUAGAUGCUCUCACUAAAUACAUGAAACAUCUUGAAGAUAAAUAUGCAGAAAUUAAACAAGCUAUGUUGAUAAAAUAUGUGCCAGCUCAGAGGAAGUCUGAUUUAGAUGAAGAAAUGAUUGUGUUAUUAAAACGGCGAGAUGUAGCUGAAAAUCUGAACAGAAAAUUACAGUUUUGUCAUCAAAGACUGCAGAUAAUUUCACAGGCACUUACUUCAUGGGUAAAAUCUGAUAUGAGCAGCCCAUUUCAAGACUUUGUGGAGCAAAUUCAGAAAACCAAAUAUUUACAAGGUGACCAAGGCAUUGUUGAAGAACUAAUGGAAGAUGAUCCACGCAGGGCAAAAAAAGCUGAAAUUAUGCUUCACUACAUUGAAAGAUUUAAUGAGUUAAUCUCACUUGGUGAAUAUGAAAAGGCAGCUUGUUAUGCAGCAAACAGUCCUAGAAGAAUUCUUCGAAACAUUGGUACGAUGAAUACAUUUAAGGCUGUUGGAAAAAUUAGAGGAAAGCCUCUUCCAUUACUCUUAUUUUUUGAGGCCCUCUUUAUCACAAGUCAUGCUUUUCGAUGUCCUGUUGAUGCAGCUCUAACCCUGGAAGGAAUCAAAUGUGGAUUAUCGGAAAAACGGUUAGAUUUAGUUAUCAAUUGGGUUACACAGGAAAGACUGACAUUUUCUGAGGAGGCUGGGGAUGUGAUUUGUGAUUAUGGGGAGCAGGAUACUUAUAACAAGGCCAAGUGCCUGGCUUUAGCUCAAAUUAUCUACAGUGAAUGUGGCCUGCACAAGAAAGCUAUUCUUUGCUUGUGUAAACAGGGUCAGACUCAUAGGGUCAUGGAGUACAUACAGCAGUUCAAGGACUUUACUACCGAUGACCUGUUGCAGCUAUUAAUUUCAUGUCCCCAAGUUGAAUUAAUUCAGUGUCUCACUAAAGAGUUGAAUGAGAAACAAACAUCUUUAUCUUUUGGUCUUGCCAUACUUCAUCUGUUCUCUAUAGAUAAGAAAAAAGUUGGCAUUAAGCUACUUCAAGAAAUAAAUAAAGGUGGGAUAGAUGCAGUAGAAAGUCUUAUGAUAAAUGAUUCAUUUUGCUCCACAGAAAGGUGGCAAGAAGUGGCAAAUAUAUGUUCACAGAAUGGCUUUGACAAAUUAUCUAAUGACAUCAUGUCUAUUCUUCGAUCUCAGGCUGCAGUUACAGAAAUUUCUGAAGAGGAUGACGCAGUCAACCUAAUGGAACAUGUGUUUUGGUAGUUCUAUAUCUUAACCAGCUGAGGGAGCUUGUACAACACUUUACAUAUGCUGGUUGGGCAAACUGAUUUUAACAUAACUAACUUAUAAAUAAAUUUAGAGUAAGCUCUCAGA